AUGGACCACUUCCCCGGGACGCAUUGGGGAAAGCCUCGGGACGAAACCUUCGAUAGUUAUGCUACUUUCCCUAUACACGCGCAUCGACCCAAGGCCGACGCGUUUGCUGAUGGCGUUCAGCGUACCAAACAACCAAUCGUCACGGGGGCCAGUGUAUUGGCUCUCAAAUACAAGGAUGGGAUAAUGUUGGCAGCUGAUACAUUAGCCUCAUAUGGGUCUCUCGCGCGAUUCAAGGAUGUUGAGCGCAUACACCCAGUGGGAGAAUAUACUGUGGUCGGCGCCAGUGGUGACAUGAGCGACUUCCAGGAGUUACAGCACAUAUUGGAAACCCUCCUUGUUGAAGAGUUUGUCCAAGAUGACGGUCACCAACUCGGACCUUCCGAGAUUUAUGAAUAUCUCAGUAGGCUGAUGUAUGGUCGAAGAAGCAAAAUGAACCCAUUGUGGAAUGCCCUGCUCGUGGGUGGUUUCAAAGACGGCAAGAGCUUCCUAGGUUAUGUCGAUCUUCUCGGGACGACUUACUCUGCCUCGACACUUGCAACAGGCUAUGGAGCGUAUAUCGCGCAGCCACUAUUGCGUAAAUCAGUGGAAGGCAACGAAACGACGCUCACAGAGGAGGAAGCUACAAAGAUCAUGGAAACAUGUUUGAAAGUCCUUUUUUACCGUGAUGCUCGAAGUUUGAAUAAGGCGUGUGACUGUUUUGAUCAUCGCUUGUCCCAUCUGAUGUUUCAAAUUGCAACCGUGACUGCGCAGGGCGUAAACAUAUCGGAGUCAAGGUCUGUCCAGACCGAGUGGAAAUUUGCCGAAGGGAUCCGAGGAUAUGGUGCCCAGAUCCAGUAG